GAAGCCUCUUGUUAGUUAAAACAGGCGUGACCAUGGCAUCACCAAGUUACCAACUAACCAUAAAAGUAUAUAAAUAAGGAAACAAAAUAUUUAUAUUUGUAUAAGGAAACAGGAAAAAGAAAAAAGAACAGAAGGUAUUUACAAAGCAAAAAAAUCUGAAAAGUUGUUGAAAGUUGAACCUGUAUGCUAUUUCGUCCGUGUUCACAGACAGCAACAACGCAGUUAAAAAAAACCCCCCAGUGAAUCCCGGCAUCAUUAUAUCCUUAGCUAACGUUGUUGUUACUCUCUUCUCUUCACCAACCUUAACACACAAACAGAAAAAGAAAUGGGAGUAGAGAAAAGAAGGUCAUUGCUAGAGGAUCUGAUAGAGAAAGCAGGAGGUUGUGCAGUGAUUGACGGUGGAUUCGCCACCCAGCUCGAGACACACGGUGCUGCCAUUAAUGACCCUCUUUGGAGCGCUCUUUGUUUGAUCAAAGACCCUGAACUCAUCAAAAGGGUGCAUUUGGAAUAUCUGGAAGCUGGUGCAGAUAUUUUGGUUACCUCUUCUUAUCAGGCCACUCUUCCUGGAUUUAUGUCCAAGGGACUGACCAUUGAAGAAGGAGAGCUGUUAUUGAAGAAGAGUGUUAAAUUGGCAAUUGAAGCCCGUGAUAAAUUCUGGGAUGCUGUGAAAAGGAAUCCUUUACAUCGAUACAACAGAGCUUUGGUUGCAGCCUCCAUUGGAAGCUAUGGAGCGUAUCUUGCUGAUGGCUCAGAGUAUAGUGGAUAUUAUGGUCCAGAUGUGAAUCUGGAGAAGCUCAAGGAUUUUCAUCGACACAGAUUGCAAGUUCUUGCGGAAGCAGGUCCAGAUUUAUUGGCCUUUGAGACAAUUCCCAAUAAACUUGAAGCAGAGGCCUGUGUUGAAUUGCUUGAAGAAGAAAACAUCAAAAUCCCAUCUUGGAUUUGCUUCAGCUCUGUGGACGGUGAGAAUGCCCCAUCUGGGGAGAGUUUCCAGGAGUGCCUUGAUGUAAUAAAUAAGAGUAACAAAGUCGUUGCAGCUGGAAUUAACUGUGCACCACCCCAUUUCAUUGAGAGUCUCAUAUGCAAAUUUAAGAAGUUGACCCAGAAGUUCGUAGUCGUUUAUCCCAACAGUGGUGAGAUAUGGGAUGGUAGAGCUAAAAGAUGGCUGCCAUCAGCAUGUUUCAAUGAUGACAAGUUUGAAUUCUUUGCAACGAGAUGGCAUGACUUAGGAGCUAACCUUAUCGGAGGCUGCUGCCGAACAACACCUUCUACCAUUCGAGCCAUUUCAAAAGUUCUAAAAGAAAGAGAUUAAGCAGAGUUGCUGGACAAUUCUUGGAUCCAAUCACUACCAUUAUAAUCAAAAUGUAUUCCCACCGCCAUGCGAGUUGACCUAUAACGUUUUGAAGUUUCAGAUUUCACACGAAAUGAGUUAUAUAUGCCCAACCUUUCUUCGGUGGCAUAAACGGAUUUUGCAACUUCUAAUUUACCUUUCUGCAUGUUGGCUGUGUAAGCAGAAGAAGCUGAUGUAGAACCUUCAUCCUGGUUCUUUAAUUCUUUAAAUUUCAACUUGGAAGUCACAUACACACAUUUUGUUA